ACAAAUCUCCAACCCCUACUCCCAUAUAUAACACACACUAUACACACUCUUCACUUCACUUCACUUCAACUUUAACUUCUUUUAAGUUAUUUACACUCAUUAUGGAAACCCCUAGAAUAAAAACUUCUCACAAGUAUGUGAAGAAUACUUCUUACAGCAGUGAUGCUGUUCGUUCACCAACAAGACCUGUGAAAUCCGACCCCUCUUCGCUUCCCAUCAAAACAAAAACUUCGGUUAUCACAACAAAGACAUCAAUAAAAGAAAAUAUGAAGCCUGAGUAUGUCAAGUUCCAAACACUAGCGAAAGAAAACACCAAAUCCAUGGAAGUCAAACUCCAAACGAAGGAAAGAGCAGUCAAACGUGCUUUCUUUAACUACUCGAUUGCAACCAAGCUCUAUCUUAUGGAGCAACAAAAGAGGCAAAUAGAGAAGAUACAGAAGAUGAUCGAGGAAGAAGAGGUUCGAAUGUUAAGAAAGGAGAUGAUCCCUCGAGCUCAGUUGAUGCCUCUAUUUGAUAGGCCUUUCUUUCCACGAAGGUUACCAGUAAAUACUAACAAAUCUCUUACUGAUCUUCUCGCAAUCUUCUUCGACUACUUAAUUUCUUUCCUUUUUACAGAUCUACAACUCCUACAAAAGCUGCGAAAAAGUCAAGUUCUCAAGAAACGCAUAGAAACAGCUUCUCUUGUGCGCAAGAAUUCUACAAUUUCAGAGAAAAUGAAGCGCGUUGAUCACCACCAUCAAUCAUUGAUCGUGUAGGAUAGUACAACUCCAGCCCAUGUCUGUUGAGCUGCUUGCAAUUGAUGAGAUGUUUUGACUUUAUUGAAGAGUGGUAUUUUAAUUUGUGAACAAAAGAAAGUAGAUAAAGAUGGAUUUUGUCGAAUAAGAUCUGAAGUGGCAACUAGAAUAAAGUGUUAGUUUGUGGGCUGAUUUUUUUCCGAACAGCAAUUCAUCCAAGGUUGAAGCUGGUGAGGUUCGAACUUGGGCAACUUUUUUUUUUUUUUUGAAUGCUUAAAUCCCAAACGAUCACUGUUAGGUCACCUCGAUGAUUGCUAUUGGUUUGGUUUCUUUUAUGUUAUCAUGUACUGAUUGAUCUUGAAUGGAAAGUUAUGGAUUUUUAUUUCUCA